UACAAAUCCCAGGAUUCAUUAUCAAGCACGGGACUUGCUUCUGCACAAAGGUCUCAAGUUCAUCACUCCUGCCGGGAUCUGGAGGACGCCAUCCACUCUUUGCUCUAAAGUCACGUGAUGGGGCGGCUGGAUGGAAAAAUCAUCAUCCUGACAGCUGCAGCGCAGGGGAUCGGCCGGGCAGCUGCCCUGGCUUUUGCAAGAGAAGGUGCCAAAGUCAUAGCCACAGAUAUUAAUGAGGCCAAACUCCAGGAGCUGGAAAAGUACCCAGGUAUUCAAACUCGUGUUCUGGAUGUCACAAAGAAGAAACAAAUUGAUCAGUUCGCCAAUGAAAUUGAGAGAAUUGAUGUUCUCUUUAAUGUUGCUGGUUUUGUCCAUCAUGGAACUAUCUUGGACUGUGAGGAGACAGACUGGGACUUCUCAAUGAAUCUCAACGUUCGCAGCAUGUACCUGAUGAUCAAGGCAUUCCUCCCCAAAAUGCUUGCUCAGAAGUCUGGCAACAUUAUCAACAUGUCCUCGGUGGCUUCCAGCAUCAAAGGAGUUGUGAACAGGUGUGUGUACAGCACAACCAAGGCAGCAGUGAUUGGCCUCACCAAGGCUGUGGCUGCAGACUUCAUCCAGCAAGGAAUCAGGUGCAACUGUGUGUGCCCAGGAACGGUUGAUACUCCAUCGCUGCAAGAAAGAAUUCAAGCCAGAGAGAACCCUGAAGAGGCUCUGCAUGAUUUCCUGAAGAGGCAAAAGACGGGACGGUUUGCAACUGCAGAAGAAAUAGCUCUCCUCUGCGUGUAUUUGGCUUCUGAUGAAUCUGCCUAUGUCACGGGUAACCCUGUUGUCAUCGAUGGGGGCUGGAGCCUGUGAGAGCUCCCUGCUGAGGAGGCAGGCCCUUCUUACGCACGGUGAGCUUGGCUAUGAAGAACACACACACAUCAGCUCUCUCCUGUCAACGACAUGAGAAUCAAAAUAAGCCCUUUUUAAUAAUUUUUUCUAACAGUCUGAUGCUUUCAAUAUAUUAAUCUCUUUCUAAUCCUUUCUGAAAUCAAUGUAAAUUGAGAAAAUAAAAAAUAUUGAGCUCAUUGCAGAAUACUUGUUUAAAUAAACUUUUAUUUGU